AUGGGAGAUUUUGAGAUCUGGUUGCUGAGAAGGAUAGUGGACAAAGCGCAAUACUGUAUUGAACAAGGGUUAGCAGAUAGAGUAGAUUGGAGAAAAAAAACAAUACGAAAGACUAGAGAGGAUUUGGCUAAAGUAGAGCAGACCAAUGGAAAGAGAAGACAAGACAAGAGAAGACAUGAAAAGAGAAGACAAGAGAAGAGAAAAGAAGACAUGAAAAGAGAAGACAAGACAAGAGAAGACAUGAAAAAGAGAAGACAAGAGAAGAGAAAAGAAGACAUGAAAAGAGAAGACAAGAGAAGAGAAGACAAGACAAGACAAGAGAAGACAAAACAAGAGAAGAGAAGACAAGAGAAGAGAAGUCAAGAGAAGACAAGACAAGAGAAGAGAAGGCAUGAAAAGAGAAGACAAGAGAAGAGAAGUCAAGAGAAGACAAGAGAAGACCAGACAAGAGAAGACAAAACACGAGAAGAGAAGACAAGAGAAGAGAAGUCAAGAGAAGAGAAGUCAAGAGAAGACAAGAGAAGAGAAGUCAAGAGAAGAGAAGACAUGGAAAGAUAAGUCAAGAGAAGACAAGACAAGAGAAGACAUGAAAAGAGAAGACAAGAGAAGAGAA